AUGUCUUGUUUCCACGUGCCGAAGACUAAGGUUCAACCUAGUCCCUGGUUUGACACCUCGUCGCCCGAACACCGGCUUGUCAAGAAGCUGGCCCUACAUAGCUCCAUCAAACGGCUUCGGCAAAGUGAUUAUGGAGGCCCGUGGCCAAUCGGCUUGGCGGCCGGAAUAGAUCAUUUCGUCAGAUUAUUUGGGAAUAGUAUGACACCGAUUGCCCUCGAAGCACGACGCUCGGGAGUCAACCUUCAGCGGAACAUGGCUUGCAGCAACAAUGCCUGUCUUACCACUCAGCUCCCCAACAAUGGAGCUGUUCAUCCCAAAAAUGGAUCCAUGCGAGCUAACGAGCCCAUUGCCAUUAUUGGCAAUGCUUGCCGAUUCCCUGGCGAUUCUACUUCCCCUUCCAAGCUUUGGGACCUUUUGAAGCAGCCUCGAGAGGUUUCGCGCAACAUUGAUCGCUUCCAGUCUGCCGGUUUCUACAACAAGGAUGGCCACUACCACGGUGCUAGCAACGUUCAGCACUCCUACCUUCUCAACGAGGACCCCCGCCUCUUCGAUGCCCAGUUCUUCAACAUCCCUCCUGGUGAGGCCGAAUCCAUUGAUCCCCAGCAGCGCAUGAUCCUCGAGACUGUCUACGAUGCCGUUGAGACUUCUGGUCUCGUCCUGGAGAACCUGCGUGGAUCCAACACUGCUGUCUACGUCGGAGUCAUGUGUGAUGAUUACGGCAACAUUUGCUACGUCGACCAGGAGUCUAUUCCAACGUACGCUGCUACCGGUACUGCUCGCAGUAUCCUGUCCAACCGUGUUUCUUUCAUCUUUGACUGGAGAGGUCCUUCGAUGACCAUCGACACUGCCUGCUCUUCGUCUUUGGUUGCCCUCCACCAGGGUGUGCAGGUCCUGCGCAGCGGCACUGCCCCUGUCGCCAUUGCCGCCGGUGCAAACUUGAUCUUUUCUCCCAACAUGUUCAUCGCCGAGUCCAACCUCAACAUGCUGUCGCCCACUGGCCACUCUCAGAUGUGGGAUGCCAACGCUGAUGGAUAUGCCCGUGGUGAGGGUAUUGCCGCUGUUGUCAUGAAGCGUCUCUCCGACGCCAUCCGCGAUGGUGAUAACAUCGAGUGCAUCAUUCGUGAAACUGGCGUGAACCAGGAUGGUCACACCCCCGGUAUUACCAUGCCUAGCCAGGAGGCCCAGACCCGCCUCAUCCACGACACCUACGCUCGUGCCGGCCUUGACCUUUCCAAGCCCGAAGAUCGACCCCAGUACUUCGAGGCCCACGGCACUGGCACCAAGGCUGGUGAUGGUGUCGAGUCCAAGGCCAUCUACAAGGCCUUCUUCCCGGAGUCGGACGACAAGCACGACACGCUCUGGGUUGGCUCUAUCAAGACCAUUAUUGGCCACACAGAGGGUACCGCUGGCAUUGCCGGUAUCAUGAAGGCCUCUCUUGCUAUUCAGAAUAACACCAUUCCCCCCAACAUGCACUUCAACACUCUCAACCCUGAGAUCAAGCCGUACUACGGAAAGCUCCAGAUUGCUACCGCUGCUCAGAACUGGCCCAAGUUGGCUGCUGGCUCGGUCCCCCGUGCCAGUGUCAACAGCUUCGGUUUCGGUGGUACCAACGCCCAUGCCAUUAUUGAAGCAUAUGUGCCAGAGGCGCCCAAGGCGCUCACCCAGGCAGCAUCCCCUGCUGUUGCCAACCCACUGGCUCUGACCUUUUCCGCUACUUCUGAGAAGUCGCUCACCGCUCUGAUGGCCAACUACCUCGAGUAUCUGACAGAGAACUCCGAGGUGGACAUUGGUAAGUUGGCGUGGACCCUCCACGACCGCCGUUCUACCUUUACCUACCGUAGCUCUGUUGCUGCUCAGACGCAGGAUGAGCUCGUGAGCAAACUGCAGAAGUCUGUGGAGGACCAGCAGUCUGGAAGCUCUUCCAGUGUGACUCGCGGUGGCUCAGCCAAGAAGAAUCUUCUCGGUGUCUUCACUGGCCAGGGUGCUCAGUGGGCCACCAUGGGCAGAGAUCUCAUUUCAUCCUCCAAGUUUGCUGAGAACAUCAUCGACACGCUUGAGAAGUCCCUAGAUGACCUUCCUGAGAGCGAUCGCCCAUCCUGGUCUCUCAAGGAACAGAUGAUGGCCGACCCCUCCAAGUCGCGCAUCACCGAGGGUGAGCUGUCUCAGCCACUGUGCACUGCUGUCCAGGUGAUGCUGGUCGAAAUGCUCAAGGUGGCUGGCAUUGAGUUUGACAGUGUCGUUGGCCACUCCAGCGGUGAGAUUGGCGCCGCGUACGCCUCCGGCUUCAUCAAUGCCACUGAUGCCAUCCGCAUUGCAUACUACCGUGGUCACUAUGCUUACCUGGCUCGUGGCCCUGAGGGUCAGCUUGGUGGCAUGCUGGCUGCCGGUACCACUCUGGAGGACGCUCGCGAGCUUUGCGAUCUUCCCGCCUUUGAGGGCCGUGUCAGCGUUGCUGCUUACAACUCGUCUUCUUCCGUCACCCUCUCAGGUGACCUGGAUGCUAUCGAGGAGGUCAAGGAGGUUCUUGAGGAUGAGAGGAUGUUCAACCGCCAGCUCAAGGUUGACACUGCCUACCACUCUCACCACAUGAUCCCUUGCUCCAAGAAGUACUACGCCGCUCUCGAUGCCUGCAAGAUCAACAUCAUGACCCCGUCUGGACGCACCAAGUGGUACUCGUCCGUUUACGACGGCAAGGUCAUGGAUCCUUGCGAUGCCCUCAAGCACCAGUACUGGGUUGACAACAUGGUCAACAUUGUCCUCUUUGCGACCUCUCUGAGCUCUGCUCUCACCAACUCGGAGCCCAAGCUUACCCAGGCUAUUGAGCUCGGCCCCCACGCUGCUCUCAAGGGCCCUGCCUCGACCGUCAUUGAGGAGACGAUCAAGUCCGCUAUCCCUUACACUGGCACUCUUGCUCGUGGCCAGAACGACGUCAGUGCAAUGGCCACUUGCUUUGCCAAUCUCUGGGCCCAGUUUGGCCGCUCUUCUGCCGACUGGAAGGCCUAUUACGGCCUCUUUGCCGACUCUACCCCCAAGUCGAUGCUGGGUCUUCCCAGCUACCCCUUCAAUCACGAUCGUGUCUUCUGGUACGAGGCUCGCAAGUCUCGCGUCAACCGUCUCCGUGAGGAUCCUGCCCACGUUCUUCUCGGUACCCGCACCGACACCAUUAACGAGCGUGAAAUCCGCUGGCGCAACUACAUCCACUCUGGUGAGAUUCCUUGGCUGCAGGGACACAACAUUCAGGGCCAGACUCUGUUUCCCGCCGCUGGCUUCCUCGUCAUGGCUGUGGAGGCUGCUCGAAUUGCUGGUCGUGCCGAGGCUAUUCAGGCCAUCGAGCUGAAGGACUCUGCCAUCCAUCGUGCUCUGGCGAUCAGCGACGACAAGGGCAUCGAGACCCUCUUCACUCUCUCCAACGUGAAAAUCGCCGAUAUUGGUGAUGGCACCUCUGUCCUGACGGCACGCUUCUCCUGCGACGCUUGUCUGCAGAAACAGUCAGACAACUUCGUUGCUAUUUCCAGCGGUGAAGUCAUCAUGACAUACGGCACUCCUUCCUCCACUGCUCUUGUCGAGUACCCCAAGGAGGAGGGUCUCGGGAUGCUUGACGUCGAUGCUGAUCUUUUCUACGCUUAUCUUGCCAACAUUGGCUACAACUAUGCCGAUAUGUUCAAGGGUAUCACCUCUCUCCGCAGAACCACUGACCUGGCCCAGGGUAUCAUCACCACCAAGGUUCCUGAGUCCCUGGCAAACGACCCCAUUGACCAGUUCCUCCUGCACCCUUCUACUCUUGAUGUUGCUUUUCAGGCUAUCUUCGCCGCCAUAUCUUUCCCUGGUGACGGUGCCCUGUGGGACCUGCACAUCCCUACCACUAUCCGUCGCGUCACUAUCAAUCCCGUCGUGUGUCCUAUAAACGGUGGUGUCGACGAGAAAGUCCGCUUCUCUGCUACCUCGCACCGUGCGGAUGACGGCACCUUUUCUGGCUGUGUCGAUAUCUUCCCCGUCCAUAGCGACUACUCAAUGUGCCAGGUUGAGGGACUCGAAGUCAGCCCUGUCUCUCCUCCUACCGCCAAGGACGACCGUCCUUUCUUUGGUCAAACCAACCACUGGCUCAGCCUUCCCGAUGCCGAUUCCUUCGCCACUGCUCUUCGCAUUUCCUCCAGCCAGGAGGGUGAGAAGUCGCAGCUCGACCGCCUCGCUGUCUCCCACGAGACUGACCAGCUCAGGGCCUGGGCCCAGACUGUCCUGGCUAACCUUGGCAAGAAGGCUUCCCUUCCCGUUAUGGAGGAUUCCGAUGUUUCUGUGCGGGAAGACUCGGCUUACAAGACCAACCUUCGCAUCCUGAAGACCAUUGGUGCUGGCAUUGAGAAGGGCGAGCUUCCCCAGGGUGCCAAUGCUUCUGAUCUUCUCAACACUUUCUACAAUAGUUCCCUCGGCGCCCCAGAAGCCCGAGAGGCUCUCGGUGUCCUCGCCCAGCAGAUUGUCCGCCGCUACCCUCACAUGAACAUUUUGGAUCUCUCCAGCGGCUCUGGCAGCGUCACCAACGCUGUCAUGGACAAGAUUGGUGCUCUCUUCUCUGCCUAUACUUGUACUGGAGCCACGGAUGAGCACUUUGAUCAGCUUUCCAAGGAUUACCCUGCCAUCUCAACCAGGACCCUCGACUUUUCCGAGGACCUCGAGGAACAGGGAUUCUUCGCCGGGGCUUAUGACCUUGUCAUUGCCGGCAACGGCUUCCACACCAUCAAGGAUAACGUCGAGGGAAUGCAGAAGCUUCGUUCCCUCGUCCGCCCUGGUGGUUACCUCCUUGCCCAGCAGAUUACCAACUCCGAGUCUGCCCACGUUGGUCUGACUGUUGCUAGCGUUGCCCUCCAGCCUGAGGAGGUGAGCAGCACUGCUUCUCUCGUCGCUGACCUCGGCGAGUAUGACGAGAUACUCCGCACCGCUGGCUUCUCUGGCAUCGACACCGUCACUCCCGACUCGGCCAGCCCCUUCACUGUCUUCGUCUCCCAGGCCGUUGACCAGCAGAUCCUCAACCUGCGUGAGCCUCUGCAGUCCAGCAAAGUCGACCUUGAGAACGUCCUCCUCAUUGGUGGUCAGCGCUUCCAGGUUUCUCGCAUGGUCGAGACCAUGAAGAAGGCUCUGGCUCCCUUCGCUAAGAACGUCGACACUAUCCGCUCUCUCAACGAUCUCGAUGCUUCGAUGUUGGCGACUCGUCCUUAUAUCAUCUCGCUCACUGAGCUUGAUGAUCCCUUUUUCGAGAACCUCACCGAGACCAAGUGGGAGGCUCUCAAGACUCUCUUCUUCCGCUCGCGUUAUAUCCUUUGGGCUACCCAGGGUGCCGAUGGUGACGCUCCUUUUGCCAACGUCAUGAAGGGUGUUGUUCGUUGCAUGCUUGUUGAAAUUCCCCAUCUUCAUGCCCAGAUGUUCAAUGUUGAGGGACAGCUGAAGCCCGAGAAGCACGCUCUUACCAUGCUCGAGUCCGUCAUGCGCCUUCACAUUUCCGACACCUGGAAGGACAGGGCCCCUGCCUAUGAUCCUCUCUGGAGCGUCGAGCGUGAGUACAUGCUGAAGGAUGACAAGCUCUGGAUCAUGCGCUAUGAUUCCGAGGAGAGCCUCAACGCUGGCUACAAUGCUCUUCGCCGCCGUGUUGUCCAGGAUGUCUCUACCAAGAACCAGGUUGUUGCUCUCACCCCCGAGAAGAAGCUUCAGCAGUACCGGCUGUCCCCCAAGGCCACUGUUGAAAUCGAGGGCAUUCCCAACAGCACCGUCACGGUUCAACAGUCCCUCUCCUCUGCUAUCAAGGUCGAGAACCUUGGUUCCAUGCACCUCAGUGUUGGCAAGGAAGUUGAGACUGGCGCUACUGUUGUUGCUUUCUCCGAGAAGAACCAGUCUUCUCUUACUCUUCCCAAGUCUCGCCUGCUCCCUGUUGACGUCCCCGAGGGCAAAGAGCAUAACCUCCUUGUGGCCAUUGCCUGCAACAUGCUUGCUUCUGAUCUUCUGGGCAAGGUCGUUGCUGGUGACCGCAUCGUGCUCCACGAGCCUCCCACGGUCUUGGCUAAGCUCCUGACCGAGCGUGUCGCCAACACCGGUGUCCAGCUGCUCUUCACCACCACCCGGAGAAAGGCUGCUCUCCAGGCUCAGUGGAAGCAUAUCCACGCUUACAGCACCGACCGUGACAUGCGCCAGAUCACCGCUGCUAACACUGCCGUCUUUGUUGACUUCUCCAACAACGAGAAGCGCCGUGAUGUUGUCGAGCACCUGACUGAGGGACUUCCUUUCGGCACCCGCAAGUACGAGCUUGGCGACUUCCUGCCCUCCCGCUCUAUCCUCUACUCGGACAGCACUGAGGAACAGGUCAGCGCCGCUCUCGAGAACGCCCACUUGACUGCCACUGCUGAGCGCAGCUCCGUUCCUUUCGAUAAUGUUGCCAACACGCGCGUUCAGCAGAUCGCCGACGACGCUGCUCUUGCCGAGACUCUCACCACUGUUGACUGGACUGAUGCCACUCCUUUCCCGGCCAGCGUUACGCUCGCCAUGGACGAAAUCAACUUCCGCCCCGACCGCACGUACUUCCUCAUCGGCAUGACUGGUUCUCUAGGUCUGUCUACCUGCGAAUACAUGAUGCAGCGCGGUGCCCGCUUCUUUGCUCUGUCAUCUCGUCGCCCCAACGUUGACAAGCGCUGGCUCGACAAGGUCAGCAAGGCUUACGGCGCUGUCGUCAAGGCCUUCCCUCUCGACAUCACCAGCCGUGCCAGUCUCCAGAAGGUGCACGAUGACAUCAACGACACCAUGCCUCCCAUUGCUGGUGUUGCCAACGGUGCUCUAAUUAUGCGCGACGGUCUCUUCAUGGAUUCCAGCUGCGACACCAUGAACGAAGCUCUGGGCCCCAAGGUCGCUGGUUCCGUCUUGCUCGACGAGCUCUUCUACAACGUCAACCUGGACUUCUUCAUGCUCUACUCUUCCCUCGUCUACGUGACUGGUAACAUUGGUCAGACUUCCUAUGCUGCCGGUAACGGUUUCAUGGUCAGCCUUGUCCACGGCCGUCGUGCUCGUGGCCUCAACGCUUCCGUCAUGAACCUUGGCGGUAUCAGCGGUAUCGGCUACAUCACUCGUACCGACCACGGUAUCCUUGGCAAGCUUGACAUUCUCGGAUACGGCAUCAUGUCCGAGCUUGACUACAAGUACUUCUUUGCCGAGUCCGUCAUGGCUGGUGCCGCCGACUCCGGCCGCAACCCCGAAGUGUCGGCCGGUCUUCGCUAUGUCAACAAGACGGAGAAGAACCCUCCCAAGUGGGUUGUUGAUCCCAAGUUCUCACACUAUGUCAUUGACCGUACUGCUCGUGAUUCUGGUGACAAAGGCGGCGAUAGUUCCUUAUCUACCAAGGCCCAGCUUCUCGAGGCUACCACUGAGAAGGAGGCCUUCAACAUCAUCCUGACCGCCCUCAUGGCCAUGCUUGGCAAGAAGCUUGACCUUCCCCCCACCGAGAGCGUCCACUCCGAUGUUGCCAUUGUCGAGAUGGGUGUCGACUCUCUCGUCGCUGUCGAUCUUCGCUCGUGGUUCUCCAACGAGUUCGAGCACGACAUUCCCGUCAUCAAGAUUCUUGGCGGUGCCACUCUUGCCGACCUGGUUGAGGACACCGUUGCUAACAUGUCGCCUGAUAUCUGCCCCAACGUGAGCCUCGGCUCUAAUGAUGAUACUGAGGCCAAGCCCGAGGCUGCUGUCGACCUUCUUGCUGCCGUCGAACCCUCCAGUAGUGACUCUUCCUCUUCCAGCGAUGAGCGCGAGAGUGCUACUUCAGUCGAGACUGCUCCCAUUCCCGCUUCCAAGCCUACCAAGGAAGUUGUCGCUGCUCCCGAGCCCACCGUUGCUAUUGUCCCCAAGAAGCACUUUGUCCGUGAGGAGAAGAUGACCUAUGGUUGCUCUCGCUUCUGGUUCCUCCGGCAGUACCUCGAGGACUCGACCUGCUUCAACGUCUUGGUCCAGACUCGACUCAACGCCCGUCUCCAAGAGGCUGUCCGCAAGCUUGGUGCCCGUCACGAGUCUCUCCGCACCGCUUUCUUCGUCUCCGAGAAGGGUGAGCCCCGUAUGGGUGUCAUGUCUGACUCCCUUCUCCGCCUUGAGGUUGAGAAGAUUCAGGAAAUUAGCCAGGCUGAGAAGGCCUACCAGGACAUGAUGGGCUACAACUUCGAUAUUGAGCGUGGUGAGGUCAUUCGCAUGCGCCUCCUCUCUCUCUCCGACAAGGAUCACGUCUUCAUCUUCGCUGUCCACCACAUUGCCAUGGAUGGUUUCUCCUUCAACCUCAUGAUCCGUGACCUCGACAUGAUGUACCAGGGCAAGCCUGUUCCUCAGAUUCCCGCUCAAUUCACCGACUUUGCUAUCCAGCAGCGCCGCGAUGUCGAGGCUGGCCGCAUGCGCAACGACGUUGCCUUCUGGAAGAAGACCUUCUCCAACAUUCCCGAUCCUCUCCCGCUCUUCCCCUUCACCGGUGUCGGCAACCGCAUGCCUCUUGUCAAGUACGAGCACGAGGAGGUUGAGCUCAGCUUGGAUGCCGCCAUGGCCCAGAAGAUCCGCAACCUCUGCCGUCAGAACCGCUGCACCACCUUCCACUUCUUCCUUGCCACUUUCCAGAUCUUCCUCUCCAAGUGGCUCGAGGUGGAUGAUCUCUGCAUUGGUAUCGCCGAUGCCAACCGCAGCGAUAUCAAGACCUUGUCCACCAUUGGUUUCCUCCUCAACCUUGUGCCUCUCCGCUUCAGUGCUCUGAACGCCAAGGCCCCCUUUUCCAGUGUCCUGGCUGCCGCCAAGCAGACUGCUUACAACAGCCUGGCCCAUUCCAAGCUUCCUUUCGAUCUCCUCCUCGAGGAGCUCAACCUUCCCCGCUCUUCCUCUACCAGCCCUCUGUUUCAGGCCUUCCUUGACUACCGCCAGCUGGCUGUCAAGACUCCUCCUAUGCUGGAGUCCAGCGCCGAAGGCGAGCAGAACUUUGGUGCUACUUCUUACGACGUCAUUCUUGAUGUAACUGACUACGCCAUGGCCGACAUCAAGAUCAAGUGGCAGACCCAGAAGGCUCUCUACAACACAAAGCACACCGAGGUCAUGAUGGAAAGCUACAUGAGCCUCCUCAACCAUUUUGCUAACAGUGCCACCUCUUCCGUCGAGUCUGCUCCUCUCUACCGCCCCGAGGCUGUCAAGGCCGCCGUUGAGGUUGGUCAGGGUCUCCAGUUCGAUGCCCAGUGGCCCGAGACCCUCUCUCUCAAGAUUGAUGAGAUUUCCGCCAAGUUUCCCGAGAGCCCUGCUCUCGUCGACAUCUCCAACAAGUUCACUUACACCUCCAUGAACCGUCUCAUUGACCAGAUUACCGAGGAACUAGCUCAGGGUGGUGUGAAGGCUGGCGACAAGGUCGGUAUCUUCCAGCAACCUUCUAGCCUGUGGAUCAGCUCUCUUCUUGCCGUCUGGCGUGCUGGUGCCGUCUACGUUCCUCUUGAUCCCCGAAACGGUGUCCCUCGUCUAGCUUCUACCGUCGGUGUUGUCCAGCCCCAGGCCAUCAUCCACGAUGAUGCCAAUUCCAAGGACGUUGCUGCUCUUGCCGCCCCCGCCAGUGCCACUAUCAUCAACAUCAAUAAUGUUCGCAAGAAGGAUGCCACCGUUACUCGCCGCCCCAACCUUUCCACUGGUAACUCCUCUGCCAUCAUUGUCUCCAGCUCUGGCUCUACAGGUGUUCCCAAGUGCAUCGAAGUCCGCCACUCCAGCCUGAGCAACCUCUUCGAGGGUGACAGCCAGACUUGGAAGCUCGGCAACGCAAAGGUCCUCCAGCAGAGUGCCUACAGCUUCGAUAUCUCUCUGGAUCAGAUCAUGACUGCAUUUGUCAACGGAGGCACCCUCUACGUCGCCUCCGAAGAGGAGCGUACCAACCCCGAGCUGAUUUCCAAGGUUAUUGUCGAGAACAACAUCAACUACACCACCGCUACUCCCUCUGAGUACUCCAACUGGAUUGGCUUUGCCUGCGACACUCUCUCCAAGGCCGCGAGCUGGCGUAUUGCCAACGUUGGUGGUGAGGGCUGGAACAGUACCCUACGAGACUCCUUUGCCAACCUCAAGCUUUCCGAGCUCGUGAUCCGCAACAACUAUGGUCCCGCCGAGGCGAGUGUCUGGGCUACCCGCUACCCUAUUGAGUACCCAGGCAAGGGCACCCUCAUCCCCGCUGGCGCUGCUCUCCCCAACUACUCCUUCUACAUCAUUGACAAGAAGAACAAUGUUGUUCCCACUGGUGUCCAGGGUGAGAUCCUGAUUGGUGGUGCAGGUGUCGCUGUCGGAUACUACAAGAACGCCGAGCUCACCAAGGACAAGUUCAUCACUGACAAGCAUGCUACUGAGGCUCACGCUGCCAAGGGCUGGGACCGUGCUUACAAGACCGGUGACAAGGGCUACCUGACUGAGGAUGGCACUCUGAUCGUCCAGGGCCGCAUCAGUGGUGACACUCAGAUAAAGCUCCGUGGUUUCCGCAUCGAGCUUGAGGAUAUCGAGUCCACCAUUGUCCACGCUUCCCAGGGUGUUCUGACUCGGGCCGUUGCCAACGUUCGCGGCGAUGGCCCUGCCAGCUACCUCGUCGCCUUUGCCGAGUUUGCUGAUGGCUACCCCGCCGAAGAGCAGGACGCUUACCUGUCCAAGCUCAUUUCCAAGCUCCCUCUGCCUCAGUACAUGCGCCCCAACAUGAUGGUUCCCAUUGUCAACAUACCUGUCAACUCGCACAACAAGGUCAACCGUCUUGCCAUUGCUACUCUCCCCCUCCGCACCACCUCUGACAACUCCAAAUCCAACGCUGAGCUCACGGAAACCGCCAAGACGAUCCGUGAUAUCUGGGUUGAGAUCCUCCCUGAAUCCAUUAUUCAGAACACCACCCUCAACAACUCUAGCGACUUCUUCGUCCUCGGCGGUAACUCUCUCCUUACUGUCCGCCUCCAGUCCCGCCUCCGUGAGAUCUGUGGUGUCUUUGUUCCCCUCAUCAAGAUCAUGGAGUCCCCUACUCUCGAUGGCCUCGGUAAUCUCCUCGAUGAACUUCUUUCCAACCAGGAGAUCAACUGGGAUGUUGAAACUGCCCUCAGUGACGAGAUGCUGAGUGUCAUCCCUGUCAACACCAAGACCACUCGCCCCAAGACUUCUGACCUUACUGUCAUCCUCACUGGUGUUUCCGGGUUCAUCGGUCGCCACCUUCUCCAGCGCCUCAUUGAAGACAAGAAUGUUUCCGCUAUUCACUGUGUGGCUGUUCGCAACAUUGAAAUGGAUAGCCCCUCCCGCCAGAAGAUGAAGGCUCUCAUUGCCUCCACUGACAAGGUCCAGCUCCACCCUGGAGACCUCUCUGAGCCUCGUCUUGGUCUCUCCGAGGCCGAGUUCGAGACUCUAUCGAAGAAGGCCGACAUGAUUGUGCACAGUGGCGCCAACCGCUCUUUCUGGAGUGCCUACGACAUGGUUCGCGCCCCCAAUGUACAGUCUACCAAGGAGCUUGCUCUGAUGGCUGCCACGGCCCUCCGAGACUCCAACAAGGUUGUUCCCUUCCACUUCAUGUCCGGAAGCGAGGAUGCUGGUAUUGAGCCUUCCACCGACGGCUCCAACGGCUACGUCGCUUCCAAGUGGGCUAGUGAGCAGUUCCUCCGGCGCUUCGCUGACAAGCUCGGUCUUCCCGUCCACGUCCACCGUCAGCUUCCUGUCCCCGAGGGCCGCACCGCACAGGGUGAGGAGCUUGACAGCAUUCUGCAAGAGUUUGUCGAUGUUGCUGCUAAGAUGCCUGAGCUUCCCAACCCCGAUACGUGGCGCGGCUACUACGACCUGAUCCCCGCCGACCGUCUCUCCGACGAUGUCGUGGAUCUGGCCAUGUCCGCUCUCGCCUCUACCGACAACACCUUCAGCAAGCACUCUCACUACAGCUCUGUCCGCAUGGACAUUGGCGAGGUGAUUAAGAAGAUUGACUCGCUAGACGAAUACAAGAACACCGAUCGUCCCUUGAUUCCUGCCCACGUCUGGGUUGGCAAAGCCAAGAUCGCCGGUUUCAGAUACCAGUUCAGUACCAUGAAGAUGUCCCUGCAGGAUGCUGAGGGCAAGAACAUGGGCUUCCUUGAGCGGUAA